GUUAAAUAACAUCGACUUAUCGAUUUUCUCUAGUUAACUAUUAGGAACUCAUUUUUUUCAAUUAAAAUAUUAACGUAGGAAAAAAUAGAAAAUGUUAAAUGAAGUUGAUAGUUUCGCAGACAUCUUUCGAGGUGGACUGCCCUAUUGUCUUCUUGUUGCUUUGCCGAUACUAAUACUAGUUUCCCCGAGCAUGGCCAGCGAUUUUCAAGUAAUGUCGAUGACCAAAUUUGAUGUCAAUGGUGAACAAUUCGGUAGCCGAUCUUCUGCCAUAUCUCUGGAAGCGAAAUCUCUCUACACAUGGAGUACUGGUCGUCAUUGUGUUCUUGCAAGACUUCUCGAUAUUUCUGUGAAUGAUUUGAAUAAAAUUCGUCAAAAGGCUGGUGGGCUUAUAAUUAUGUUGCCUAAAGAUGUCACAGCCCUAAACGAUGAAGUUAAAGAACAUGUUUUAAUGUUGGAGCAGCAAAUGCUGUCUCAAGCCAUCCCAGUGCCAGUUUAUUUUGCACCUUUCAACCCAAAGUUGGAAGAAAUCUUGAAGGAUGUGACGCACACAGCGAUUGAUAAUAAUGUUGAGAAUAAAACAGCAUUUGGACAAAUGUUGUUACUGGUGUCGGCAAACGGUUAUCAUGUUACUGUUGAUGGCCAAAAUAGUGCGGCGAAUAAAAAUAGCAAAAUCCCUGUGAUUCAAGGUGAAUUUGUGCCAAAUCAAUUUGUUGCCAAGCACAUGGAUAACUCGGGCGAUGGCAAUAGUUUGCCACUUAUUCUAAUAACAGCCAGUCUUAAGACUUUUGGAAUUAUAAAUGAUUACCCUUUGAAUGCUGAUUCAGCUGUAACAAUGGCUCUAGUUGAAAUUUUCAGCAAAUUACACUCAAUGAUUAGCAUGUCGCCCAAAUACCGUUUGGGAUUUUUACUCUCCGAUUCUGGUUUAUUACUCAACUUCCAGGGAUCGAAGAAAUGGCUGGAAAUUGACGACAAUAGUGUGCUACAGAAUGUUGAAUUUGUAUUGUGCCUAGAUACGAUCACACAAAGUUUGGGAGGCAAUCAGCCAAAUGUUUUAUAUAUGCAUGUGUCAAAGCCACCCAAAGAGAAGACUUCUAUCAGUAAUUUCUUUAAGAUUCUGAAAUCGGUAUCGGCCCAACAUGGUGGUAACCUGACCGUUGAAGGUGUGCAUAAGAAAAUCAAUUUGGCUGAUUCGAAAUUGUCAUGGGAGCAUGAGCGUUUUAGUAUGAAACGUUUCCCGGCCUUUACCUUGUCUUCGGUGAAGAACCCGUCAAGUCCUUUAAGAACGACAAUGUUUAAGGAUGAUGAAUCGCAAAUAGUAACGCAGUUAAUUACGUCGGCGAAAAUAAUUGCCGAAUCUCUCGCCUGUUAUAUGUAUAAAAUAGAUCCACAGUCAGAUGUCUUUGACGGUCAUGUGGCCAUAAAUGAAAAUAAUAUUUUGCCAUACCUUGGGCUCCGAUCGAUUUUGCAGAAUAAUGAUAUUAAGGACGGAUUUGAGAAGUAUCUGAAAAACGUGAAAAUCGUUUACGAUAAACCGGAUGCGCGGGAACCUGAUUUCAUGUUCUACAACGGCGUGGAUGCCAAGCUAAACGUUUAUAGAGUGAAGCCAGCUAUAUUUGAUCUAUUCCUUACUUUUGUCAUAACCAUUUAUCUUUCAACCAUCUAUUUUGCAAUUCAAUUCUUUCCUCGUUUUUACGAUCUAGUUUCAGCAAAAUUGAAUUUAUCAAUGCGUUCCUCUAAUGGCAAUGCACAGAACGCCAUGAAACGAAAGUAAUUAAAAUCCAUCAUAUAGUGAAACAAUUUUUAUAAUGAAAAAAGGCAAUAGAAAGAAAUGUUAAAUUUAUAAAUAAGUCUUGUCGCGUUGAGGUCCAAUAUGAUUGUAAAAUAAAUAUUUUACCU